ACAAGACAAAACAGACGGAGGAAAUGCAGAGCUUCUUCAUCAUUCUGAUCACACACUGCUCAGAUUGACAAAAUGAGGAAGGAGGUGGUGGCAGCAGCAGCAUUGACCGCAGCCGCUGCAAUAACAGCCAUAGCUGCCUUAGUGAGGCAGAGGAAACGCUCGAGAGAGAACCAAUGGAAAGAAACGCAGAAAAUUCUACGCAAAUUCGCCAGAGAUUGCGCCACUCCAGUGCCAAAGCUAUGGCAGGUGGCAAAUGCUUUCGUCGCCGACAUGCGAAGUUCCCUCAUUGCUUCCAAUGGAACUCACACAAGUCUCAAUAUGCUGGUUUCCUAUGUUGCUUCACUCCCAUCUGGAGAUGAGGAAGGAAUCUAUUAUGGGGUGAAUUUGCGGCGGACGAACUUCUUGCUCUUGUGUGCAAAUCUUCGAGGGAAGAAUGAUCCCAUUUCUGAUUUUCAUAGGGAGGAGAUUCACAUUCCGACUAAUCUCUUGGAUGGUACUGGUAGUACGAAGGAAUUGUUUGAUUUUAUUGCUGUGGAGCUGGGGAAGUUUGUUGAAGCACAUCCAAAUAGUGAAAAAAAGGAUGCACCAGCCAAGUACAACAAGCUGGGUUUUAUAAUGUCAUGUCCAGUGGACCAAGCUGUGGCCACUUCUGGAACCGCCAUCACAUGGAAGAGUUUCGAGGCGGAUAGCACACUGGGAAAGAAGUUGGUGAGUGACUUCAAUAGAGCUCUGGAGGAACGUGGAGUAAAAUUGAGUGUUUAUGCAAUGGUUGAUGAUACUGUAGGGACUUUGGCUGGAGGCAGAUACUAUAACAGAGAAAGUGUGGCCGCGGUUACUCUAGGGAUGGGUACAGAUGCUGCUUAUGUAGAGCCUGCAGAUGCAGCUCUGCAGUGGCAUGGUCCGUCGCCUAAGUUAGGCGAGAUGGUAAUUAGCACACAGUGGGGAGAAUUCAGUACUCCUCAUCUUCCAAUAACAAUCUUUGAUACUUGUCUAGAUGCUGAAAGCUCAAAUCCUGGAUUCCGGAGAUUUGAGAAGUUGGUUUCCGGAAUGUAUUUGGGAGAGGUUGUGAGAAGAGUAUUACUGAAGAUGGCAAAGGAAACAGCAUUAUUUGGCAAACGUGUUGUGCCUUCAAAACUCAUGACUCCUUACCAACUCAGCUCACCUGAUAUGGCUGCAAUGCAUCAAGACACAUCAGACGAUCGUGAAGUUGUCGGAGAAAAAAUUGAGGAAGUUUUUGGGAUCAAAAAUUCUACUCCAAUGGUGAGGGAAGUUGUCGCCGAGGUUUGUGACAUUGUUGCAGAACGUGGUGCUCGUCUUGCUGGAGCUGGAAUUCUUGGGAUCAUAAAGAAGCUUGGGAGAAUUGAAAACAAGAGAAGUAUAGUGACCGUGGAAGGCGGGCUUUACGAGCACUACAGAGUCUUCAGAAAUUACCUUAACAGUGGUGUCUGGGAAAUGCUUGGUAAUAAUCUUUCGGACAAUGUUGUUAUUGAAAAUUCCCAUGGUGGUUCAGGAACUGGAGCUUUAUAUCUAGCUGCUUCACAAAUGAAGGAUGCUGCUAAAUCCCAAAUGCAGGAUUCUGAUCCUCAACCUGAACCCCAACCUGAACCUGAAUUUUAAGCAUACGAUUCUUUUGAGCUUAUGAAAAAGGCCAAAGCUCUUGUCACUCUUUUUCUUUAGAACUUUUCUAUAAAUAAAAUUACAGUUUUAACCA